AAAUUAUUCAGAUUGUCCACUGAACCAUUGUUUUGUGCUCUAUAACCAUGGAACAAAAUCGUCGUAAAGUGCAAUUAUUCCAUCAUGAUGGAUCGAUUCUCGCGCCAAAUGUUUCAUAUUAGGUUAUCUUUAUUUGUUUACGAUGUCCAGCCGCAGAUUUAAAACAGUGGUAGUAUUUUUUAAAUGAAAUAAACGUGCCCUCAAUACCCUACAGUAUUACAGAAGUAACAUGGGGAUUACGGGUUUACUUCCAUUUUUAGAAAAAGCAACCAAACCUUGCCAUAUAUCUGAGUUCAGAGGUGGAACGGUAGCUAUAGAUGGAUAUUGUUGGCUCCACAAAGGAGCCAGUGCAUGUGCCAUACAAUUAGCGCAGGGAGAGCCUACUCAAGUGUAUAUUCAUUACUGUGUGAAAUACUUAAAGCUUCUGCAGUCCUAUGACAUCAAACCAAUCAUGGUUUUUGAUGGAAAAAAUCUACCUGCAAAGGCAGACACAGAAGCCAAAAGACGAGAAUCGCGGGCCAAAGCUAAACAAAGGGCUCGAGAACUUUUGCAGCUAGGCAAAACUGAUGAGGCCCGAAGUUAUUUGAAGCAGUCGAUCAAUGUAACUCCAGAAAUGGCUUCAAUGGUGAUAAAAGAAUGCCAUCGACUCUCUAUUGAUUGUAUUGUAGCACCAUACGAAUCAGAUGCUCAAUUAGCCUUUUUCAAUUUAAAAGGAAUUGCAGAAGUUAUUAUAACUGAAGACUCAGAUCUAGUACUAUUUGGAUGUACAAAAGUUAUGUAUAAAAUGGACCUGCAAGGCUGUGGAUACCUUGUUGAAGCAGAAAAAAUACCAGAAGCUAUGAAGUUGACUCUGAACAAAUACAGUUUUGAUAAAUUCCGACACAUGUGCAUUUUGUCUGGUUGUGACUAUCUUGUUUCCCUGCAUGGCAUUGGACUGAAGAAAGCUCUUAAAUUCAUAUCAUUGACCAAUGAAACUGAUCCUGAAAAAUUUCUCAAAAACCUGCCCAGAUAUUUGAACAUGCGCCAUCUACAAAUAACUGAAGAAUACAAAGAAAAUUUCAUGAUUGCAGACGCGACAUUUCGACACCAAAUUGUAUUUGAUCCUUUCAAGAAAACGCUAGUGCCACUAAUUGAUCCAGCAGUCAGUGGGACAAAUCCAAAAUAUUGUAAGAAUGCAGGAGAAAUCACUGAUCAUGAAAAAGCUUAUCAAGUAGCUCUAGGCAACUUACAUCCAUCAAAUUACUCAAAGUUGGACGACUGGUCACCUGCAAAUAGUAACUUAUCAAACAACAGUAUUUGGUCUGGAACUUACAAAAGAACGUUAUCAAGAAAGGAACAAAAGCAACAGAUCAAAUCUUUCUUCACUAUGAAGAAGCAGACUGUUGCAGCAACAACGGUGGUAGACGAAGAAAUAGUUAAAAAAGAGGAAGAGGUGCAGAUCAAUAAAGAAUUAUCUUUUUAUACUCAGAAAUCCCCCAAAACACCCGAGAAACUUCCAGUCAAGAGUGAUGAGGAUGUUGAUGAAGAUACACUGUCUCCUGUACUGUCACAAGAUGUCAAAAAAAGGAUUUCGAGAUUUCCACGGACAGAAAAUCCCAAUCCUAAUGUUAGAGUGAUAAGUCGUUUUUUUUGUCGGAACAAAACUGUAAAAUCUGAAACUAUAACCAGUUCUCAAGAGUUGACCACAGAUGAGUCUUUGGCAGAACUAGAGUCACUCAGAUUGUCUAGCCAACCUGCUCACAGUAAUUUGGAUAAAGAAAAAAGUGACUUGUCUUUGGAAGAAGAUGAUGAACCACAUUCCAUACUAUGUGAAGAUAUAGACAAAUCUAUUAGUGAUAGAAUGCAACCAGUUUUGGUUAGUGACAACGAACAAGAGUAUAAAAUUUGUUCAGACGUUGAGAUUGUUGAGACGAUGGAGAAUGAUGAAAAGUCCAUGGAACAGAAAGUAGGAAUGCAUAUAAGCGAGACCUCUCUUAGUAAAAGAAAGAAACUGGGCCCAUGCAGGACAUUGGGGUUAAAACGUAUUAAGCCUAGUGGACAAAAAACUAUUGACCAGUUAUUCAGUAACUUCAGGAAGAAAUCUCCACCAAAGCUUAAACAAUAGAUUUUUAAAUGUUACAUUCUUACAUUUUCAUUAAAGAAUUUAUAUUUUUUUAUUUA